AUGUACGCAGGCGUGGACAAGUACAGCGGCGCUCUAGUCGGUGAGGGCCAAUCAAGCGGCAGUUCAUCGCAUGCUCCAAGUGCUUCUGGCUUGUCACUUGAAGAUGCCAUUGAGACUGCAGCCGCGGAAGAGACUGUGGUAGUAGACGUUCCUUAUUCGUAUUUAGCAGACGAUAAUGAUCCAAAAUCCAUCGUCUCGGGUGUAUCGACUGUGCUCUUGUCUGCGCAAUUAAACCCUGAAGCUGGCGGUUUAAUGUGGGUGGAAAACUCAAGCUCGAAACAAGCUUAUAAGAACGUCGUAGCGAUGUCUCAAAUGACGUCAAUGCUACGAGAUAAAGAUCGCAAUGACUGCUACGAGCGUGGGAUCAAACGUGCAAUUGCGAAGUUUAAAGCCACUCGAAAUCGUGACCCUUUGGUUCUUGAUAUUGGCACUGGUACAGGAUUGUUAUCCAUGUUUGCAGCUCGACAUGGAGCUGAGCAUGUUUACGCAUGUGAAAUGUUUAAACCAAUGGCUGAAAUUGCCCACCAAGUGGCGCAAGCGAAUUAUCCUGAUAAGAUCACAGUAUUUCCCUUACGAUCUACCGACUUGAAGGUUUUGCCGGAGAAUGAUCAUGACAGAGACCCAAAGAUCAUGUAUCACCUCCCACGUCGGGCUGAUUUGCUUGUAUCCGAACUUUUUGAUUCUAUACUACUAGGUGAAGCGGUAGUACCAACAAUUCGUCAUGCAAUGGAGCAUUUAUUGACUUCCGAUGCGAUGAUUGUACCGGAACGAGCUACCGUCUUUGCUCAGAUAAUAGAGUGUGAUCCAAUUUAUCAUUUUACAAGUUUUCAGAUGAAAAGUAGUGGCCCUAAAUUGGCACGAAGUGAUACAGCAUGGCAGUGUCAAGGAGGCAAGCCAGCAAUACCCGUGCAUUUUCGCGCGUUUGAGAAACAUUCUCGACAAUUGUCGAAUCCGACAACAGUCUUAAAAUUUGACUUUACGAAAUUGACAACAGAGGUCGCAGGUUUUAACGAAACAGUUGUCAAUGUCGUGAAUACUGGAACAAUCGACGCUGUACUCAUGUGGUGGCAAGUGAGUUUUGAUGAAGACAAUCACAUCGUAUACUCGACAGAAAUGGGAGCACAGAAUUGGCAAGACCAUUGGGUUCAAGUCGUUUUUCCACUCGUGGGAAAAGUGCAAGCUUGCCCUAGUGAAAAGAUCGUAUUACGUGCUCAUUAUGAUGAUAUUCGCAUUUGGUUUGAUGUCGAACCUCUCAACUAUCAACAGAAAGUGAUAAGUAAUGAUAAACCUCCGUGUACGUGUGGAAUGCACUUAAUCUGCAAUGCAGAGCGAAUUUCGAUGCUGACGGAUAUUACUCGUCGUGAAGCGUUUGAUGCGUCUGUAGCUUUGGUCGUGAAGGAACUUAUGAAAGCGGAUAGUCUGCGCUCAAUUUCGUGCUUAGAUAUUAGUGAUGGAUCUUUGGGUGCGCUACUCGCCGCUUCGCUUCCAGAGGUUAGUAGUGUAUCCUCGAUCGAAUCCAAGGAAGUAUCAGCUCGAAUUUUCAAUCAAAUUUUAGCUUACAACAAUGCAAACGUUGAGGUUCUCAACAGUGGUGUCAAAGGAUUGUUGUCUGAGCACUUGCAAGGUAAAACAUCGAGUGUGGAUUUGCUGAUUGGAGAGCCCUUCUACUAUUCAAUGCAAAAUCUCCCACUUUGGCAAGCAUUUAACUUUUGGUUACGACGAACAGCCGUUGAUGGUUUACUUUCUCAACAAGCCCAUGUCUUGCCGGCUCGAGCCCGAAUAUUGGCUCAGGUUGUACAAUUUCGGCAAUUGCAUCAGUGUUUUGGCGCCGUGGGGAACGUUUCUGGCUUUGAUCACACCUGCUUUGACCAAUUUCAGGACGAAUACUACUCGCACAACUUUCCGUUUCCAGUUUAUAUGUACCCGUAUAAUCACGUUUCUGAAGUAUCAGAGUUGGCAUCUUUGGACUUUAUGGAAAUGGCACACACAGUUGCUACAAGUGGCAGUAUUGAAGUUCUGAACUUGGCUGCGAAUGCUGUGAUCGUUUGGGUCGAAUAUCAUUUGGAUAUUACUAGCAAGUAUGUGGUAACGACAGGUCCAGCUGUACGCUAUGCGAAGCAGCUUGUUCGUUUUCUCCCGUCUGAUCCGGAUGUAACAUCCGGCAACGAAUUGAAAUCUAAAGUGAAUUUCAGCUUUCACUUUGAUGCAUUGGAAGGCACGAUCGAUUUAAAUUUUGAGUUAGAAAAAUAG